AUGAACAAUUGUCGUCUCGUCAGCAGCCUCUACUAUCCGACUGAGUCAAAGCCGAAGAAAAAUCAUGAGAGGGAUGCGAAAAUCAUGACUGGUUCUCCACACGGUCCAGAGCAACUGUUUCAAGCGGCACAACAAGCGCAAAUGGAAUUGAUGAGAGCUAAGAAACGCGUCCCUCCUGUUGUGGAACAUUAUUUUGCACCAAAACCUGUUGUUGAAGGGCCGCUCAUCGAAUCGUCGUAUUUUACAAGCGGCGCCAACUAUUCCCUGAAAUUUUUCACAAAAAAGAAGGAACAAAUUCUUAGUGAUAUAGCGGUUCCCGAAAAUGCAAAACAAGAACGAUGUGCGCCUGUAAUGCAACCGGUUAUACCGAUCGAGUCGUAUAACGUUGAGCCGAUUGGCUCUCCACAGUCUCAUUGUCCAAUACAUCAUCAACAAGUGAUCAACAUCCCACAGACGACGUAUUCAACUGGUCCUACGGUAACACCGGUAACAAAUUCGUCUGAUUCACCGCUGAGGAAGGAAAUUGUCACGAAAAAGAAGACAAAAGCAACUGAUAAGUACUCGGAAUACGCGUAUAUAAGUCUUGAACGAAAGAAACGAGAACAAUAUGGAUUGAACGCGGAUUACGGCUUAGAGCAGGAACUUCCGCCCGCUGAUGUUAGUGCACCUCUGGAAAUGGGACAAUUUAACCAGUGUAUUCAACAACCUAUCGAACCGCCCGCUUUGAUCUACAAGGAAGAAGUGCCUGAACAGCCAAUUCAGCCAGAACUUAAAGCGAAAAAAUCUGUGGAUUCGUUAUAUUUCGGGAUUCCGAACGAUCUCUAUCCAGCAUAUCGCAAAAAACUGGAACCAUAUAUGAUUUAUGAUGAGCCUCCAACGAAACCUUACGAAAUCCAUAACACCGUUAUUGCUCCCAGAGACGAAGUACCGCAACCGAGUGGAAUUAUCGUUAAUAAUAUGGAUUCGGAUAUUGAAGGAUGUGACACGGCGCAGGAAAAUCCUCUCUUGCGUUCUCGUUUUGUAACCCAGAUGAAACAAAAAGAAAUCCCUCCACCUCUGGAAACUCCGUCCGUUCCUCGCUAUAUGACGCAGUACUCAUCGAUUGGUAACGCAUUCGCACCGGUAGGUCAAGCACAGGUCUCUGAAUAUCACUACGAAGAUUUGAAUGAUCUUGCAUCGUGUAUCGAUGCUAUCUGA